AUGGCAUCCAAGUCCUUUUCGGAAGAGGAUUUCUCCUGUCCUGUGUGCUACAAUAUCUACAAGGAUCCUGUUCUUCUGACCUGUACUCACAGCAUCUGUAACACCUGCCUGCAGAAGUUCUGGAAAGCCAAAGGAUCCAGGGAAUGUCCAGUCUGCAGGAGAAGGUGCUCAAAGGAGAUUUAUCCUGUCAACCUGGUUCUAAAAAACCUGUGUGAGAGUUUCCAACAGAGAGAGGAGAAAAGUCAGAGGGAACUAUUCUGCAGAAUGCACCGUUCUGAACUCCUCAAGCUUUUCUGUGAAGAUGACCAACAGCUUGUGUGUUUGGUGUGUCGAGACUCAAAACUCCACAAGAACCACAACUUCAGUCCUGUCAGUGAAGCAGUACUUGAGCGUAAGGAAGAACUGAAGAUCAAACUAGAGCCUUUACAGAAGAAGCUUGACAACUUUAAACAAGUUAAAACAACCAGUGAUGAAACUGCCCAACACAUAAGAGUAAGAGUUAUGGAUUGUUUCUUUUAAAACAACACUACAUAUAACAGAAACUAAUAUCAUAUAUAAACUAAGACACCUUUGU